AUGUCUAACAAAGCUUCAUUUCUCUCACUCUUUUUUCUUUCUCUUUCUCUGUUUUUGCAUGUGAAUAAGGCUUUUAAGGAGGAUGCCUCAGGUUUGGAGCCUGUAGUGAGGAAAGAUGAAAGGAGACAACUUGUUGUGACAGAAUACGGAGAGGUCUCAGCCAUUGAGAUCGGUGAUGGAGCACGAGGGCAAUACCACCUCCAGUUCAUCACGUUGGAUCCAUACUCGCUAUUUCUUCCUGUACUCCUCCAUGCAGACAUGGUCUUUUAUGUCCACACAGGAAGUGGGAGGUUGACUUGGACUGAUACUCUUGAUGAAAUGAGGAGAGUGGAUUUACGUCGAGGAGAUAUCUACAGGCUCAAGUCAGGCUCUAUCUUCUAUGUGCAUAGCAGCUUACAACCGGAGCGACAGAAGCUUAAGAUAUAUGCAAUCUUCACCAAUACAGAUGAUGACUUAUAUGAGCCAACAAUUGGGGCAUACUCAACUAUUGGCAACUUGUUGCGAGGCUUUAAUAAGGAAGUCCUCAAAGCAGCUUUCAAGGUCUCGGAGGAUUUGGUAAGAGAAAUAACAAAAGGAACUCAGCCACCAGGCAUAGUGCAUGCAGAGCCAACAAAGGAAACAGAAUUAGACGCUCUCCUCCUCCAAGUCUUCCGAAGAGGAAGAGGUGGCAUGUUACUCAGUGACAAUAAGAAGAAACCCUAUAAUAUUUUUGAUGAAAAGCCAGAUUUUGAGAAUAGUAACGGGUGGAGCCUAACAGUAACCAAGAAAAAAUUGCAUUUGUUGAAGGGUUCCAAUAUUGGACUUUUCAUGGUGAAUCUAACAGAGGGCUCAAUGAUGGGCCCACAUUGGAAUCCAUUGGCACCUGAGAUAUCAGUAGUGUUACGAGGGGAAGGGAUGGUUCGGCUGGUUUGUUCUAGCACUGCAAAGAAAUCAGAAUGCAACAAUACGAGGUUCAGGGUGGAGGAAGGAGAUGUUUUUGCUGUGCCUAGGUUCCAUCCCAUGGCCCAGAUAUCUUUCAACAAUGAGUCAUUUGUUUUCAUGGGAUUUAGUACAACAGCAAGGAAAAAUAAUCCUCAAUUUCUGGCAGGAAAGAGUUCAGUUUUUCAAACUUUGGAUAAGCGCGUGUUGGCCUUGUCCUUAAAUGUCACUAACAGUACUGUGAUUGAUCAGCUUAUGAAUCAGCAGCCUGAGUCAGUCAUAAUAGAGUGUUGCAAUUGUGCUAAGGAAGAGCAGAGGCUAAUGGAGGAAGAGGAAGCUAAGAAGAUAGAGGAAGAGAAAGAAAGAGAGGAAGAAGAAGCUAGAAAGAGAGAGGAAGAGGAAGCAAGAAGGGAGGAGGAAGAAGCUAGGGAGGAAGAAGAGAAAGAGAGAGAAAAGGAAGCAAAAAGGGAGGAAGAGGAAGCUAGAAAGAGAGAGGAGGAGGAGGGUGGGAAGAGAGAAGAGGAGGAAGCUAGAAAGAGAGAGGAAGAUGCAAAGUGGGAACAAGAAGAAGCCAGGAGGGAAGAAGAAGAGGGGAGGAGGAGAAGGGAAGAGGAAAGGGAAGAGAAAGCAAGAGAAGAACCAAUGAGGGAAAAAAGGGAAAGAGAGCACAAAGAGGAAGAGACUUGGAGACGAGAACAUACUGGAGAGAGAGAAGAGGAAGCAAAAAGAGAACAAGAAGAAGAUAGGAGGAAAGAAGAAGGGAGAAAAGGACAAGAAGAACCAGAAAGAGAGACCACGAGAAAAGAGAGGGAAGAAGUAGAGGAAAAGAAACGGAGACAAGAAGCAGCAGAAUGGGAGGAAGAAGAAGCAAGGAGAGAAGAAGAAGAAAGGAGAGAGGCAUGGGGAAAGGGAGAAGAACAAGCAAUGAUUUGAUUUAAUGCCUAGCUAGUUGUCACAUCUACUUUGGAUU